GCCUACGACUACUGUUUCUGGUCCAUGGACGAGUCGGAAAAGGACAAGUUUGCGGGUCAGGACGUGGUGUUCCAGUGCCUUGGGGAGAGUCUUUUGCACAACGCCUUCCAAGGCUACAAUGCCUGCAUCUUCGCCUAUGGACAGACGGGUUCGGGGAAGUCGUACACAAUGAUGGGUUCGGUGGACUCUCCAGGUCUGAUCCCGCGGCUGUGCAGCUCUCUGUUUGACCGGACCCUGCUGGGGCAGAGGGAGGGGGAAGGCUUCACCAUAGAGGUCUCCUACAUGGAGAUAUACAACGAGAAGGUCCGCGACCUCCUUGACCCCAAAGGCAGACAGGCUCUGAGAGUGAGGGAACACAAGGUUUUGGGGCCGUAUGUGGACGGCCUGUCUCGUCUGGCUGUGGCCAGCUACAAGGACAUCGAGUCUCUGAUGUCAGAGGGGAAUAAGUCUCGUACGGUGGCCGCAACCAACAUGAACGAGGAGAGCAGCAGAUCUCACGCAGUCUUCAACAUCAUCCUCACACACACACUCAAAGACCUGCAGUCUGGGACGAGUGGUGAGAAGGUGAGUAAGCUGAGUCUGGUGGACCUGGCUGGCAGUGAGAGAGCUGCUAAGACUGGAGCUACCGGUGAGAGGAUGAAGGAGGGCAGCAACAUCAACAAGUCUCUGACCACUCUAGGCCUGGUCAUAUCUGCUCUGGCAGAACAGGGGUGUGGGAAGAACAAGACCAAGUUUGUCCCCUACAGAGACUCUGUACUAACGUGGCUGCUUAAGGACAGCCUGGGCGGCAACAGUCGCACGGCCAUGGUGGCCACGGUGAGCCCGGCGGCCGACAACUACGACGAGACGCUGUCCACGCUGCGCUACGCCGACCGGGCCAAGAGCAUCGUCAACCACGCCGUCGUCAACGAAGACCCCAACGCACGCAUCAUCAGGGAGCUCCGCGAAGAGGUGGAGAAACUACGGGACCAGCUGACACAGGCAGAGUCUAUGAAGGCCCCAGAGCUGAAGGAAAGGCUGGAGGAGUCUGAGAAACUCAUCCAAGAGAUGACCGUCACCUGGGAGGAGAAACUACGCAAGACGGAGGAGAUCGCACAGGAGCGUCAGAAACAGUUGGAAUCCCUGGGCAUCUCUCUCCAGUCGUCUGGCAUCAGAGUGGGAGAAGACAAGUGUUUUCUAGUCAACCUCAACGCUGACCCCGCUCUCAAUGAGCUGCUGGUCUACUACCUGAAGGAGCACACUAAGGUUGGUUCAGCAGACUCCCAGGACAUCCAGCUGUGUGGGAUGGGUAUUCAGGCUGAACACUGCAUCAUAAACAUCACAACUGACCAAGGGGUGGUCCUCACUCCCCACAGGAACUCACGAACGUGUGUGAACGGCUCUCCUUGCACCAGCCCGCAGCGGCUCCACCACGGAGACCGCAUCCUGUGGGGCAACAACCACUUCUUCAGGAUCAAUUUGCCUAAGCGGCGGUCGCGGGGUGGCGGUGAGGAAGAGGAGGGUGAGGGGGGCCCGAUGAAGAACAGUAGCAGUAGUGAGCAGCUGGAGGGGGACGGAGACACCAACAGUGAGGGGUCCUCCGAGGUCUCUUUCUCCUACGAGUUCGCCCAGACAGAGGUCAUGAUGAAGGCCCUGGGCAACAAUGACCCCAUGCAGGCAGUGCUCCAGUCCCUAGAGAGGCAGCACGAGGAGGAGAAGCGCUCGGCGCUGGAGAGACAGAGGCUGAUGUAUGAACAGGAGCUGCAACAGCUGAGGAGACGGCUCCACCCAGACAGACAGUCUGUAGGACAGGCUGGCACGGCCCCCAGCCAAUCACAGGGCCAGGCCGACAGGCCGGGACAGCCCCACUACCGCAGCCUGGAGAGACUCAGCAUGGGAGGCAUGUCCAACUCACCUAGUGCACAAAGCAGGCUGAGGCAGUGGAGCGAGGAGAGAGAGGCAGUGUUGACCCGGAGCCUACGUAAGCUGAGGGAGCAGAUAGUAAGAGCUAACCAGCUGGUGCAGGAGGCUGGCUUCAUAGCAGAGGAGCUGGACAAACGCACCGAGUACAGAGUCACCUUGCAGAUACCUGCUGCUAACCUCAAUGCCAACCGCAAGCGUGAUGCAGUGCUGAGUGAGCCUGCGGUGCAGGUGAGGCGUAAGGGGAAAGGGAAACAGAUCUGGGCUCUGGAGAAGAUGGAGAACAGAAUGGUGGACAUGAGAGAACUCUACCAGGAGUGGAAGGACUACGACGACGACAACCCUGUGAUGCGUUCCUAUUUUAAGCGUGCCGACCCGUUCUUUGACGAGCAGGAGAAUCACAGUCUGAUAGGCGUGGCCAACGUCUUCCUGUCCUGUCUGUUCUACGACGUCAAGCUGCAGUACGCAGUACCCAUCAUCAACCAGAAGGGGGAGGUGGUUGGGAGAUUACACGUUGAGGUGGUGAGAGUGGCGGGGGGGGUUGAGGACAGCAUGGCUGGGGGAGAGGACAUUGAGGCCAGCCCUGAUGGAGAGGUGCAAGAGAGGAAACUGGUCUGCAUGAUCAAAAUCCUGCAGGCGACAGGUCUCCCCCAGUACCUGUCCAAUUAUGUGUUCUGCCAGUACUCGUUCUGGGACCAGGCGGAGCCCGUCAUCGUGGCCCCAGAGGUGGACCCCUCCGCCUCGUCCCCCAGCAGCAAGGAACCGCACUGCAUGGUGGUUUUCGACAGCUGCAAGGAGCUAGGUGUGGCAGUAACAGAAGAGUUUAUAGAGUAUCUGACAGAGGGGGCAUUGGCCAUCGAGGUGUACGGACACAGACAAGCAGACUCCGGCAGGAACCCUGCCCUCUGGGACCUCAGCAUUAUACAGGCCAAGACACGCACACUACGGGACAGGUGGAGUGAGGUAACCCGUCGUCUGGAGAUGUGGAUCCAGGUGUUGGAGAUCAACGAGAACGGAGACUUCAUGCCUGUAGAGGUCAUACCUGCCAGAGACGUACACACCGGAGGCAUUUUCCAACUACGGCAGGGCCAGUCAAGGCGUCUGCAGGUGGAGGUGAGGUCCGUGCAGGAUAGCGGCACCAUGCCCCUGAUAGCUGAGGUGCUGCUGGCCGUGUCAGUGGGCUGUGUGGAGAUCAGACAGACCUGCCAGGCCAAGGCCAGCAACGAACCCAUACAGGUGGAAGGUGAUGAGAUGGACAGCUAUCAGGAGCGUGAUCUGGAGCGUCUGCGUCACCAGUGGCUGACGGCUCUCACAAAGAGACAGGAGUACCUGGACCAACACCUUCAGACCUUGGUCAGCAAGCCAGAAAAGACCGAGGAGGAUAUGGAGAGGGAGGCCCAGCUUCUGGAAUGGCGUCUGACUCUGACUGAGGAGAGGAACGCGGUAAUGGUGCCUUCAGCCGGCAGCGGCAUCCCCGGAGCUCCCGCAGAGUGGGUCCCCCUACCUGGAAUGGAGACCCAUACCCCUGUGCUUUUCCUGGACCUCAGUGCGGAUGAUUUCAGUUCCCAGGAGGCAUUGGAGGUCCCGGAGGCAGGCGGUUGGGACGCCACUCUGAGCGGAGAGGAUGAGGACGACUUCUUCGACCUGCAGAUCGUCAAACACUAUGAUGGAGAGGUAAAAGCUGAGGCGUCAUGGGACUCCACAGUGCACGAGUGUCCCUCGCUGAGCCGCGGCGGAGCGUGGCCAGAGCAGAGGGUGUAUCUGACGGUACGUUGCGUGGUGCAGCUCAGCCACCCGGCAGACAUGCAGCUGGUGCUGAGGAAACGGAUCUGCGUCAACCUGAACCCGGGCAGACAGGGCUUCGCCCAGAACCUCCUGAAGAGGAUGUCCACGCGCUCCACCAUCCCCGGCUGCGGGGUCACCUUCGAGGUGGUCUCCAACAUCCCCGGGGACGCCCAGGGUUCAGAGGACAGGGAGAUGUUGGCUCGUCUAGCUGCCAGCGCCGAGAACCCCAAGUCGGCCGACAACGAGGCGGCCAUCGAGAAAUACCUCCGCAGUGUCCUGGCUGUGGAGAACAUCCUCACUCUGGACCGACUACGACAGGAGGUGGCGGUGAAGGAGCACAUGGCAGGCAAAGGGAAAGGCAACAGACGCAGUCUCAGCUCCCCCAGUGUACACAGGCUCUCUGGCAGCAGACAGGACCUGUCCUCUACCUGCAAUCUGGAAAACAAGAGUCGCUGGGAGAGCCAGCAGGACAUCUUCAUCACCUCGCCCCAGUUCAGCCGGACUCUGCCUCGCCCCUCGCCCUCCUCCUCCCCCCCCACCAUGCCCCCACAGAACCAGAGCCAGGACUCAGAGCAAGGUCGUUCAGGGCUUGCUGCAUCUUAUCUUUCAGUCAAAGCCCUGGUGCCGCAGAUGCCCAAGCUACUCAAGUCCCUGUUCCCUGCCCGCGAGGACAAGAAGGAGCCCCUGCGCCCCUCGCCCCACUCCCUACAGCACAUGCCUCGUAUCAUCAUGCAGACGACAGGGCCUGAAGACAGCAGGAUCCGGAUAGAACCGGUUGCUAUGGUAGUGAGGACAGCCCUGAUCCCGGCCCUGACCAAUGACAGGUGGUCGGUGUCCCCUGAAGCCACUCCUGUUCCGUCCUCCCAGCAUGACCUGCAUGACUACCCCCUCAGCCCCAUCAGCGAGGCCUCCAGUGGCUACUUCUCCACUAGCGUUUCCACAGCAACCCUGUCCGAGGUUUCUGCCGGCGGCGACCACCCCACCACCCCUCUCCGUCCAUCCUCCUCCCUCACCCUCCUAGAGGCAGGGGUGAGGCUGAAGGGGAGUAAUGCUCCUGAAACUACAUUACCCAGAACCCAUCCACAGCAGCAAGCUGACCGGAACGGUGUUACUGCUGCAUCUCCUCAGUACGAAAACAAAAUGGCCACCACCGGUCCCGGCUCCAACGUCAACUGCGUCGUGACGAGCAACAAGCCCUUCUCAGUGCAGAGGGUGUGCACGCCGGACCUGAAGUCGUUGCAGGAGCGUGUCCUGGGGGAGGAGGAGGGAGGAAGAGGAGGACAAGGGAGUCUGGAGAGGUUGGAGAUCAUCCUGGACGAUGAGGACGGCGGUCGCGACUUCGUGUUGCCUGAUUGGCUGAGAGAGGGGGCGUGCGUGACGGUGGGAGCCAAUAAGGGCGGGACGGUGCGCUACGUGGGCAACACGAAGUUCGCAGAGGGCGUGUGGGUCGGGGUGGAGCUCGACUCGCCCUCAGGUAAGAACGACGGCUCCGUAGGCGGGCACCACUACUUCCGCUGUAACCCUGGUUACGGCGUCCUGGUGCGUCCCGACCGAGUGUUCAGACGGGACCGUUCCACCAAAUGGAACCCAGAGAAUCGGCGCAGCGGCGAGUUCUACCAACCUGUUCUACGGGGAGAGUCCACUAACAGGAGAGGGGAGAACCGCAAGUCCUGGAGCAGUUGAACUGGAGAGAAACAGGCCUGGGUGGGAGAGACUUUUAAUCCUCACACCACUUUGUCUCCUGGCUCGGAUCAACUAGGAAACCCACACAUUCUUUUUAUCCUGUUUCUAAGCCUCCGUCUCCCUCAGACUCCUAUCAAUUUCCCCCUAACUAUGCAAUACUACCACAUCUAAUGUAACAACGGUCCCUGUCCCUACCCACCAUCCACCCACAGCUUGGCAACACUACUUCAGUACUGUGCCCUCUCCUGGCCAAGAGAUGCUAGGCUGGGUUUCUGUAUAAUCACUGUGACAUAUGCUGAUAUAAAAAGGGCUUUAUGAAUACAUUUGAUUGAUACAGGCUGAUCCUGUGUUGGCUUGACUGGCCAUGCCUCUGACUCACUACAGGGAAACACCCAUAGGGAUCUGUCUGGAUUCAUUUCAAUAGGGAAGACUUUUACUCAACCUGCUCCUGGUGCGCUGUCUCCCCAUCUGGACGCAGCACUGGUGGCGCCCCCUGUGGCAUGGAUUGGGCACAGCACCUGAAUGGUUCCACAGCACCUGAAGUGUGACUAUACAGAGUGCUGCUGUCUGUAUGAAGUGACGCAUAGGGCGACCAAUGGAGAAUGUUUCUUCUCGGGCCAAGGUUCAGGAUCCAUAGUGAUGACAUAACUUUUUCUGAUGUCGUCAAACUGGUCACCUCGAGAAUCCUUCUGAACGAAUGAGGCUCUAUUCCACCAGACCUGGACUGGAACCCCCGACCCCUCUUUUUCAAUGGAACUGUCCCUUUUUACUAAAUUACUAAAGUUACUAUAUCCGUUUCCCACAUGUGGAGUCAUUUAUCUGAAAUGAUCGAUUCUUCCAGAAUGUGCCUUCAUGAUGAGUUUAUUUUUCAUUGUAAUAUAUUUCUUCGUGGUUUUAUUAGAUUUUCACCCUCUGUUGAGCUUUGAUGAGAAUGCCUUGUGUAAGGUGAUCUCAGGGACUGCAGAGUGGACAUGAACGUGUAUGUGGGUGCGCCUGUGUGUGUGUUUUAGAAGUUUGGCCCUUAAAGGCCGAAUUUACCCAUGGCAAUGUUGUACAGUGGACAAAAAAUUGUGUGUGUGUGCAUGUUUUUGGCUAAUCUGAAAGGUGAAGCAUCGUUGUUAUGAUGACGUGGUUUCUGCAACAGUCAUUGGCGUUGGUUUUAAAUUGUAAGUGGAGAUGUAGGUUGAAAGAUGAUUCCAUUAUGAGGAGAAGCCCAGGGUGCAAAAUUGGUUAAAAAUAGAUGUUUUUCCAAUGUCUUGCUCAUAGGGAGAAGAUUUUGCACAGUAGAGGUUUAUCCCUAGUUUGGUGGUGACUAGUGAUCUGUGUUAGCAAAAUGGGUGCCUAUGGUUUUAGAACUGUUUGAGGAAGUAGCAGUGGCAUAUAUGUAUGAUGUGUGUGCUGGACUGGACUGCUGGUGUUGUGUAACGUUGUAUCAAUGUGUUAACGUCAUGUAACGUGUGGAGCGGAAGUUGGAUGGAAGCUGGUCUUUGAUUUGUGUUUGGGGGGGGGAAAAUCUAUCUUCUACGCAUGCGUUCACCUGUUCUUUUUAGAUACAGAUCUGUAAUGGGGGUCUGAAAUGUACAUACUGACUCAAUGACUUUGGGAGAUGAAGGGAAUUAAGAAUGUGGAAGCACAUUUUUUUUUUAUUUUUUUUAUAUAGUUUCAAAGCUUUAGGAGCAAAUUUGUUUGAAUGCAAAUUCCAGGUUGAGAGUUGAAGGAUGUGUAAUGAGGGACACUAUGGAGUUUUAAUUAAUGUUUAAUUGAUCCCUAGUAAAUCAUUUUUUUAGACAGAAGUUUCAUUAAUUAUAAACUGUGCGCUCUCACCUAGUGAGCUGAGUCACAAGCUCUGACAGGACUCAAUGUGUGUUAAAGGGAUACUUCACCCAAAUUCCAACAUGACACAUUGGUUUCCUCACCCUGUAAGCAGUCUAUGGACAAGGCAUGACAACAACCCAUGCUUUAAUCCCAUAUUAGCAUUCUUCGCACAUAUCAAAAUCAUCAGUAUCUACAAUUGAUUGUGAAAGUCAAUAAAGUCACUUAGAAAAUGUUUUGUACAUGAUGAGCAACAAACGCUCUUAUCGAUCCCAUGACUUGAAUUUGUGCCACAAAUGCUAACAUGUGGAAACGGUGCCAGGGAAACUAAACCAAAGCUGUCAUACCUUGUUUCCUCACCCUGUAAGCAGUCUAUGAACAAUGUCAUUUUGUAAUGACUAUACCUUUAACACUAGUCCAUUCAGCAAGCAUGGCGUGAAGUCACAACAUAAAUGAUCUAUCUGUAAGAUAUACCCCGUCGCCUCAACGCUAUGCCAUUUCUUUAAGAAAGGUCUAAAUUUGCUAUGAUAUAUAGAUAUAUGUUGUAAUGGUUGACAUAUGCCUUUAGCAUGUGAAAAAGACUAAGCCUUUUAAAUUAUACUGAAAAACAUUGUUGAUUGCACAAGUAAUUCUAUGAGGAAUGAUGCUGCUAUAGCAACUGUAAUAUAACUGUAAAUUGAUCUGAUCAUUGGUAUUAUAGUCCUUAUCGGGAGUUAAUCUUGAUUAGAGUCUUGAUCUUUAGCCUCAAACACCACUUGAGAUGGGACAGAGUAAGGAGGAGUUGUCAAUGGGCCAAUGACUGGCCAGUUGGGAGAUAUAGUCUAGUAGAUGGGAUGAGCAAGUGUUUUAUUUGUCAUGGUUGCCUUAAGUAUUUUACCCCAUUCGCUCAGAACCAUUACGUUGCUGUUAGCAGAUUUGGGUGUUUUUUAAAAAGUUGUUUGUCAUGGUUGAGUUGGUGUCGAGCCUUUAACCGAGUGAUCAUCAUUGUGCUAAUAUAAGGAAUGGAAUUGAGUUUGAGGGUAUGUGCGUGUGUCGUGUGUUAUAUGAAGAUUGUGAGAGCAGGUAGGUUGCGUUUAGACAGGCAGCCCAAUUCUAAUCUUUUUUUCCCACUAAUUGGACUUUUGAUUAAUCAGAUCAGCUCUGAAAACGAAAAAGAUCAGAAUUGGGCUGCCUGUGUAAACGCAGCCAUAGUGUAUCGGAUGGAUUUGGCCUCGGUUUUGUCGUGUCCACGCUUCUUUGCACAGAGACCGAAAAGUGGUUAAGAUCACUUCAGGCUUAUCUAGUUCUUUAUUUCCGUGCCUCGCUCUUUCUUUCUCUCAUACUCUUUCUCAUCAGGAAGUCAGACACACAAGUAGCUCUGAUUCAAACCCAUUUCAUUAUUCAGUAGCUUUUACCGGUUUGUAUUUCCAACUGUUAGCUCUUUAACGAGAUGUGGAGUUUCCUAGUUCAGACUAGCACGUGUCAUAAGUACUUAAUUUCAUCAUCAUGGACUUGAUCAUAUGACCAUUAUGCUUGUGACUGUACGCGCUCAGAACCACGUUUUCUAUUGAGUUUGACCGUUAGACUGUCUAUACUUGAUUAAGGAUAUAUCCAUACAGUUACCGUAUCAUUCCACAGAAGGCAUGCUCUGUGUUUUAAAGAAUAAGCAAGGCCCAAGGGGGGGGGGAUUUCAAGAGUAUAUUUGUUAUUCUUCCGUUCCAAUAUAUACAUAUCCUAUAUAUCUCUAUCUAUGGCAACACAGGCUCAGAGCAAUAUGAUACCUGCCUUUACGUGGCCUUCAGUCUACAAGUUAGUCUUCACGUCAAUCUGUCUGUCCCUCUCUGGGUUUAAUAACUAAACACCUCCAUCUUCGGCAUUCGGCAUAACUAUAAACCCUCAAACUCCAGCCAUGGAGAAACCUGUGUACUAUUAGACUGUUCCUUCACACUACACGUGGCUUGUCCAUAGCCAGCAGUGAACCACAUCAGACAAACUGCCACUGUACAAAGUCGGGCGCUGGCUUAUGUGCCAAUGGAAGCUCAUGUCAGUAGAGGAUUCUAAUGGGGAACUUGUCUGUUUUUUCCCCAACACAGACAUCAACUAGAGUAGAGCCUCUUUACCCCCAACUCUCACCGGCCACGUUCCAUUUCUGUGCCAAGGUCCCAUCGCUCAGGUGUUCAACACUAAAGCGGUAGGAGGAAGGGGCAAGGGACAGACAUGGAAUUGGGCCGGAUCUUCAGACUGUUUGUGCAACUCUUCUUCUACAACGAUUGCUUCUGAAAUGGCACCCUAUGGUAUUAUAUUCCUGUAGUGCAUAGAGAAUAGGGUGCCAUUUUAGACACACUGACUGACCUGAGACCAGCUCUGGUCUGUGCCUCGUCCUGGAGUCUUGAGUUAUCAAUAAUAGUCAUCAAUGAUUUGCGUAUCUGAUUCUGUUCUGCCGGUUGUCGUGAAGUGUAUUAUUUCACUAUAUCUGUGGGAGCGAAUAGGUGUAGGCAUGACUAUGUAUGUAUGUAUAUAUAUAUAAAGACUUAAAAAUCUGAGCACAAGUUUGGAUUUUGAUUAAUUUAAUUCUCUGCUGAAAUCCAAAGAAUAAUCAUGUAUUAUAAUACAUUUAUCAUUUUAUUUUUUAUUGUCUGGACAAUUAUCUCCCUGUAAAGGAAAGAAUAAAAAAAAAUGAAUUGAUUUACA